AGUCCGGCCACCGCUAAUUGAACCUAAUCAUCGGUGGAAGUAAGACUCGUUUACGAUGAUGGCGGAUUGAAAAAAGGAUUAUCAUCACAAUCAAUUCCAACUCCCAUUUCUCACAAACCCCUCUUCUCUCUAAUGCCAAUUCUCGGAGCUCACCCACUUUCGCUCUUCGCGUGAUCUUCCUCUUCUAAUUGGCGCCACGAUCCUUUCUCUCUUUGUUUGAUUUCAUCGCCCCCAAUUCCGUCCUCAUAAACUGCGGCGGAUUCUUUCUCUUUUUCAAGUCUUGGAGCGACGCCAAGGACUUGAGACAAACCCGCCAUUCAACCCCUGCGAGGUGUUUCCAGAUUUUACUCGACUGCUUCACCAUGCUGUAAUGGAGCUUCACACCAGGAUGUUUAAGUUUAUGUGCACUUUAAUAUUUGAGCUCUUAGAAUCGUGGAGAUUCUAUGGCUGUGAAUAACUUCCUCUGUGAAUUAAAUAGGACCAUGGAUUGUGAAAAAGGCAUACUCGUAAGGCUUUUAGCAUAAAAUUGGGUAGUUUUCUUGAGAAGGAAGACGAAUGGAGGACUUUUCUAAAUAUGCCCAUAGUCCUGCUCAUUUAGCAGUUGCACGUCGGGACUACGUUGCUCUGAGAUUCAUUAUCUCCAAACUACCACGACUGGCCAAGGCAGGUGAGGUCAACACUGAAGCGGAAUCCAUCGCAGCAGAGCUACAAGCUGAUGCUGUGUCUGCUGUUAUUGAUCGGCGUGAUGUCCCAGGACGUGAGACUCCUCUUCACCUUGCAGUACGUCUUUGCGACCCAAUUUCUGCUGAUAUUUUGAUGGCAGCUGGAGCAGAUUGGAGUCUUCAGAAUGAGUAUGGUUGGAGUGCUCUUCAAGAGGCAGUUUGCAAUAGAGAUGAUUCAAUAGCUAUGAUUAUUGCACGGCACUAUCAGCCUCUAGCUUGGGCAAAGUGGUGUCGUAGGCUUCCGCGUAUUGUUGCCUCUGCUGCUCGUAUGCGUGAUUUUUAUAUGGAAAUGACUUUUCAUUUUGAGAGCUCUGUAAUUCCAUUUAUUGGGCGAAUUGCUCCAUCAGAUACAUACAGGAUUUGGAAGCGUGGUUCCAAUCUCCGUGCAGAUAUGACGCUUGCUGGUUUUGAUGGUUUUCGAAUUCAACGUUCUGACCAGACAUUUCUCUUUCUUGGAGAGGGCUACUCUUCUGAUGAUAACGUCGUUACGUUACCACCUGGCUCUUUGAUUGUUCUUACCCACAAAGAGAAGGAAAUUACAAAUGCUUUGGAAGGAGCUGGUGCACAACCAACUGAUGCAGAAGUUGCUCAUGAAGUGGAUUUAAUGUCAAGGACAAAUAUGUAUAGACCAGGCAUUGAUGUAACCCAAGCUGAGUUGGUUCCUCAUGUAAAUUGGCGACGACAAGAAAGGAUUGAGGUGGUUGGAAAUUGGAAAGCAAAAAUAUACGACAUGCUUCAUGUAACGGUAAGUGUGAAAUCAAGGCGAGUUCCUGGUGCUAUGACUGAUGAAGAGCUAUUUGCUGCAGAAGAUGAAGAUAGAUUAGCCCGUGACGAAUAUGAUGACGUAUUAACAGUUGAGGAGAGAAAGCAAUUGGAUUCAGCACUUCUUAUGGGGAACUCCGAUACCCAUCUCGAGUAUGAGGAACAAGGGGUUAUUGAUAGUCAGGAAAAUGGAUCAGUGGGUUCCUGCGACAAUUUUGAAUCCAAUGGUAUUGUUAAGGAGAAGAAGAGUUGGUUUGGUUGGAGCAAGAAAAAUUCAAGGAGUAACAGUGUUGAGCUAGAUGAUUCAAAGAUGAAGCAAUUCUCAAAGUCGGCCCCAGAAGGUAGCAAUCAUAAAGUCGUCGAGCCUCCGAAUUCUUCAGAAGAUAUGGGGGAUAAGACCAAGAAGGGAAAAGAUAAGAGUAGUAAGAAAAAGAAGAAGAAAGGAGCCACUAGUGAGUUAAAAAAUGAGAGUGAAUACAAAAAGAAUUUGAGGCCAGUCUUAUGGUUAACACAAGAUUUCCCUUUGAAAACUGAUGAGCUCCUGCCUUUGCUUGACAUCCUUGCUAACAAGGUGAAGGCUAUUAGGAGAUUAAGGGAACUUUUGACUACCAAGUUGCCUAUUGGCACCUUUCCUGUGAAGGUCGCCAUCCCUAUUGUCCCGACAAUCAGGGUGCUCGUUACUUUCACGAAGUUUGAAGAGCUUCAGCCAGCGGAAGAGUUUGCAACACCUCCUUCCAGUCCAGACCAUUUCCCGGAUGCUAAAGUUAAGGAAUCAGACGGGUCCUCUUCAUCAUGGAUCACGUGGAUGAGAGGAAGUCGUGGUGCGCAAUCAAGUGAUGGCGACGGUCAUAAGGACGAAGCCGAUCCCUUCCAUAUACCCCCAGACUAUACAUGGGUUGAUGCCAACGAGAAGCGACGGCGGAUGAAGUCAAAGAAAGCCAAGAGUAAAAAGCAUCGAAAACAUGCGGCUGCCAAAGGUGGAAGUACGGCAACUCAGGUGUGUGAGGAUAUGUAAGAAUAUUUACAUUACAAUUGCAGUAUUCUGAUUGAGUUUCUUAAGCAAUAUGAUGGCACAAAUGCUGUUUAUAUGCAUCUGAACAUAUUAUUCCUUCUUUUAAGUCAAUAUGUAGUGUAUGCUGAAAACUUGCAAUGUUUUGUCAAGUUUUCUUGAUUAAGGUUGCUCUUCCUCCUCCUUU